GCCUCUGCAUUUUUGUCUGUCUGAAUGCUAGGAAGGCGAAAAAGAUUGAGGAGAAGAAGAAACUGAAGAAAUGUGAAAAUCCAACGAACAUUUUCAUGGCCAACGGAAGUCGAUGCAUAAGGAGUUAUAUUGGGACUCCUUUUUGCCUCGAAACCUCGGAUCAAAAUGCUCAUAGUAGAGAAGACAUCCAACUUCCCGUCAGCUGAGUUCUCUGUGGUGGAGGAUGUGACUCUUCAUUUCACCUGUUUGAUGGACAGGUUGAACGAGCAGCGUCUCUUCCAGCCUGACCUCUGUGAUGUGGACAUAGUGUUGGUGCGCCAGCGCAGUACCUUCCCUGCCCACAAGGGGGUGCUUGCGGCCUACAGCCCCUUCUUUCACUCCCUGUUCUCCCAGAGCAAGCAGCUGCGCCGUGUCGACCUGUCUCUGGAUGCCCUCAGCUCCCAGGGCCUACAGCAGAUCCUUAACUUCAUCUACACCUCCCGUCUGUUGGUCAGUAGCCGUAGCGUCAGAGACGUGCUCAACGCCGCCACCCUGCUGCAGAUGACGGACAUUGCAGCUUCUUGCCGUGACCUCAUCAGCAGCCAAUCGCUAAGGGCCACGGUAGACAACCUGGCCAAUCAGGAUGGCCUGGGAGAUCCUGAUUCCAUGACAACGACCCCCGGCAGUCAGCUGUACCGGGAGAUCAAGCAGGAGGCAGAGUUAGGGAGGGCAGAGUUAGAGAGGGUGUACACUCGGGAGGGGAACAGCCCUUUCUCUGUGAGGGUGGAGGACGGACAUGGAAAGAGCCAGCAGCAUCACCCUCCCUCCUCCCAGACCUCCUCCCAGUCCCAGGCCAAGCAGUACUACUACCAACAAGAGGACAGGGAGAGUGGGGGAGGAGGAGGGAGGGGUCUGUUUAAGCUGGAGGGGGGCGGGGAGCAGAUCAUCGUAGAGGUCAACCUGAACAACCAGACACUCAACGUCUCCAAGGGGUCAGAGAGCAAGGCUGUCGCCACGUAUACCACCGCCACCGCCAUGUUCACCCGCUCCCAUGGUGACCAGAGGAACGAGGAGGAAGAGGAGAACAAGGAAAAGGAUGAUGAUGAUGAUGAUGGGCAGGUCGGGGAGGAUGAAGAGGAGGAGGAUGAAGAGCAGAGAGAGAGAGGGGAGGAGAUGGAGAACAGCAGUGAAGAGGAUGAAGAGGAGGAAGAGGAAGAGGAGAACAAUGAUAUGAACAUACCAGCAGAGGAGUCUAUUAUGAUGAACAGGCCUCGUCCGGGGACUAGAACCCUGGAGGUCGCCACGACAACCAUGCGGCAGACCCUUGGUGACGCCACCCUUGCCAACCGUCACCAGGGCAGGAAGAGGAAGCAGAACCCUGAGAGUGUAGGUCAGAUGGUCAGACUGGAGGAGAAGCAACACUUCCCCUGUAAGAAAUGUCCCAGAGUCUUCAACAACCGCUGGUACCUGGAGAAACACAUGAACGUCACUCACAACCGCAUGCAAAUCUGCAACAAAUGUGGAAAACGCUUCCUUCUGGAGAGUGAACUACUACUGCACCAUCAGACCAACUGUGAGAAGAGUAUACAGUGUGUAACGUGUGGCAAGGCCUUUAAGAAGCUCUGGUCUCUCCAUGAGCACAACAAGAUUGUUCACGGUUACGCUGAGAAGAAGUUCUGCUGUGAGAUCUGUGAGAAGAAGUUCUACACCAUGGCCCACGUCAGAAAGCACAUGGUUGCCCACACCAAGGACAUGCCGUUCACCUGUGAGACGUGUGGGAAGUCAUUCAAGCGCGGCAUGUCGCUAAAGGUUCACUCUCUACAACACUCUGGAGAGAAGCCCUUCAAGUGUGAGAACUGUAACGAGAGGUUCCAGUAUAAGUAUCAGCUGCGCUCCCACAUGUCCAUCCACAUCGGACACAAGCAGUUCAUGUGCCAGUGGUGUGGCAAGGACUUCAACAUGAAGCAGUACUUUGACGAACACAUGAAGACACACACUGGAGAGAAGCCGUAUAUCUGUGAGAUCUGUGGGAAGAGUUUCACCAGUCGUCCCAACAUGAAGCGUCACCGCCGGACCCAUACGGGGGAGAAGCCGUACCCUUGCGAGGUGUGUGGUCAGAGGUUCCGUUUCUCCAACAUGCUCAAAGCGCACAAGGAGAAGUGCAUCCGGGUCAGCAACCCCAUGGUAACUGACAACAACGACUCGCUGGGCAUCGACCCCCCCUCCCCAACUGUUUCUGCGGACCCUGCUGCGAUUGGUCAGGUGGUUUUAGGGGCGGUGCUCCCGGGGGCAAUGCACCACCAUGCCACGCCUCUCUCCCUCCCCCUGAUCCACUCCCUGGGGGCUGCCCCACACCCCCGCCCCCCACCUCCCCCUUUUCCACCCUUCUUCUCUGGCAGGAUGGGCUCCAACAUCUAGCUAACGCACUCCGCUCUGCUAACAGACCAGACCGCUAGCAUCCAUCUACUCUACAACGCUCUGCUAACAGACCGCUAGCAUCCAUCUACUCCACAACGCUCUGCUAACAGACUGCUAGCAUCCAUCUACUCUACAACACUCUGCUACCAGACUGCUAGUAUCCAUCUACUCCACAACACUCUGCUAACAGACUGCUAGCAUCCAUCUACUCUACAACGCUCUGCUAACAGACCGCUAGCAUCCAUCUACUCCACAACGCUCUGCUAACAGACCGCUAGCAUCCAUCUACUCCACAACGCUCUGCUAACAGACUGCUAGCAUCCAUCUACUCUACAACGCUCUGCUAACAGACUACUAGCAUCCAUCUACUCCACAACACUCUGCUAACAGACCAGACUGCUAGCAUCCAUCUACUCCACAAAGCUCUGCUAACAGACUGCUAGUAUCCAUCUACUCUACAACACUCUGCUAACAGACUGCUAGCAUCCAUCUACUCUACAACACUCUGCUAACAGACUGCUAGUAUCCAUCUACUCCACAACACUCUGCUAACAGACUGCUAGCAUCCAUCUACUCCACAACACUUUGCUUACAGACCGCUAGCAUCCAUCUACUCUACAACACUCUGCUAACAGACUGCUAGCAUCCAGUCAGCCAACCCCCCCUCCCCGGACCCCCUGAAGUACUCAGACUAUCUAUGAGAGGAGGGGGAUUUACAGGAGCAGAGCGAGACAUGGAUGGAAGGAGGAUUCCUUCAUAUAACCACAUCUCAGCCUGAAGACCAAGGCAUCUUAACUCGGCUCUGGUCUCUGUGUGGAUUCUGCAGUCUGAAGACCAAGGCAUCUUAACUCGGCUCUGGUCUCUGUGUGGAUUCUGCAGUCUGAAGACCAAGGCAUCUUUACUCGGCUCUGGUCUCUGUGUGGAUUCUGCAGUCUGAAGACCAAGGCAUCUUAACUCGGCUCUGGUCUCUGUGUGGAUUCUGCAGUCUGAAGACCAAGGCAUCUUAACUCGGCUCUGGUCUCUGUGUGGAUUCUGCAGUCUGAAGACCAAGGCAUCUUUACUCGGCUCUGGUCUCUGUGUGGAUUCUGCAGUCUGAAGACCAAGGCAUCUUUACUCGGCUCUGGUCUCUGUGUGGAUUCUGCAGUCUGAAGACCAAGGCAUCUUAACUCGGCUCUGGUCUCUGUGUGGAUUCUGCAGUCUGAAGACCAAGGCAUCUUAACUCGGCUCUGGUCUCUUUGUGGAUUCUGCAGUCUGAAGAGGUGAAGGAUCAUACAGAGGCUUCUUGUAACAUAAACAGUAUAAAUGCAUACACCUACCAUGUGGAAAUGUUUUUACUGUGUGGAAUAGUUCACCUCUGCCCUGGUCGUUGAGAGUUCAGAGGGACUUGUAAUGUAUGUUGUCAUUUUACAUCUGUCGUUUCAUUGUUUUCAUUCUGCUUACCACAAAGCCACACCCUUUAAUAAGACCAUGCAUGUAGCACAAUGUAACAUUGGUCAGAUUAACACCUCCUCCGACAAACUAGUUACUGGUGAGAUGAAUGACCCCUUCUCAUAUUAACUAGCUAUUUACUGGGUUGAUUCUGGGGCCUAAACUCCUCCCCUAGUUGGUCUAUGUGGAAGGAGUUCUCUACAUAAGGUUAUAUGUGGAAUGAUUUCUGUCUGACAGAAGGUUCUAGGUGUUCUGUGUGGAAUUAGUUCUCUACAAAAGGUUCUAGGUGUUCUGUGUACAGUGAGUUCUCUCUGAAAGUUUACCUCUCUGUCCUAACAGAGGUAUAUGGUGCCAGACGUCUCCUGCAGAGCCCUGUCUCUCUCUUCUCCUGAUCCUCAUCCUCCUCUCCCCUACCCUUCUCUCUCCUCCCCUCCUCUAUCGUCAUCCUCCUCUCUCCCCCCAUCUUCAGACGUCUCCUGCAGAGCCCUGUCUCUCUCUUCUCCUGAUCCUCAUCCUCCUCUCCCCUCUCUCUUUCCCUCCUCUUCAGACAACUCCCGUAGAGCCCUGUAUCUCUCCUGUCCUCACCAGACGUUGCCUACAGAGCCCUCUCUCCUCCCUUCUCAUCCUCCUCUCCCCUCUCUCUUUCCCUCCUCUUCAGACGUCUCCAGCAGUGCCCUGUCUCUCUCCUGUCCUCACCAGACGUUGCCUACAGAGCCCU